UUCUUCAGGUGUGUUAAUCCUCAAAUACAGACAGGAACGUACCUGGCUCACAGGUGCGUCGACGAAUCCGUUUCCUCGUUUUUAUUCAGCCAUUCAAAUGACGAGUCGAAGUAUCACAAGGCAGAGAAAGAGAAACGUUGAGGCCAGGAGACAACCGCAAAAACCGUGGAGUUAGUUACACUUAAAAUUAAUGAGGAUAUGUGUGAGAAACCGGUCUCGUGAUGAUGCACUGUGGGAUGAGAGGAGACACCAAUCACCGGUGAUUAUAAACGAUUGACUUUAGAUUUGAAGACUGAGGCUGUACCAGGAGCCUCUUCAUCAUUUCUUCAUCAUCUUCCAUGUGACUGGUUGCUCCCGUCACUGCUGACCGCUAAAGGCUCAACACCUCCAUCUGUUGAUCUCCUCAGAGCUUCACGCCUUCUUUCACUAAAGCAAUCCUCCGUCUAGUCAUGAAUCCCUACAGAAACACAAGUUCACCUCCUGACUCCUAUGAUGAUUCCCGUCAUGCAUCUCUGUCGGCCACAUUAGCGUCUCCUCCUGCCAUCCAGACAGGUUUGAGCUCUGUGGCAGUUUAUCAGGCCUCAUCAGACCAAGACGGAGGUCAAAACCUUGUCCCAUCACCGUACUCGGACCACUCCGCCUCGCCGCUUCCAAUCUCGGAUACAGGCUUCGUCUUCAAAUCCAGCCUGGUUUCAGUCUCGCCUUCAGCUCAAACACCAUCUCCAGUAUCUACUCCCACACCCGACCCUUACCCUGCCCGCCCCCCCUCCGGCCAGGUCUCCGUCAUCAUCCCGUCCCCUGACCUCCGCCCGUCUCCUCUCCAGUCUCAGUGCUCCGAGGACACCUGCCCGGACCUGGAGUGCUCCAUUUGCUUCAGUCAGUUCAACAAUGUCUUCCGCUGUCCAAAGAUGCUUCAGUGUAAGCACACGUUUUGCCUGGAGUGCCUUGCGCGCAUGAACGUCAAGUCAGCCGAGCCCAACACCAUCCAGUGCCCGCUGUGCCGCAGCCUCACCCCUCUGCCCACCCUCGGCCUGCCCAGACUGGCCACUAACUCAGACAUGCUGACUUACCUGCCGUCCGCCAUGCAGAGAGUCUACAGCAUCCGCUUUGUGCGCAACAAAGGGAAGCUGCAGGUCAAAAGGGCAUCUGAAGGUGACCGUGGGUGGGGUCAGAGGUCACUAGCAUCUCUAAGUUUGGUAAACCGCUCUCUGGACGUGGGGCUUCCCAGCCCGCCUGUCGGGCGCGAAACAGCUGGCGUGAGCGGAGCUUUGUUGCGACUGACGGGCCGGCCGGCGUGCCGAGCCUUCCUCCUCACGUCCGUGGUGAUGAUGAUGGUGCUGCUGACCAGCAUCAUCAUCUUCCUCCUCACCUAUAAGAGCCACGGUCAGUGAUGUCGCAUCACAUCCCGUCUUCUUUCUGCUUUGCUUUCUGUGGUGGAAAAAACCCCCGAAAUCAUCGAACAGUAAAAUUCCACAUACGCGAGGGAAUUUAAUGUCUGUUAAUGAGCAACAUCUGUGUCACUGCUGUGGUUAAAAAAGAAAACGGAACCAGAUGUGCAAUAAAAACCAAUAGUUUCAGGCUGUUGGGCAACAAGCAGCUCUUUACUCUGACAUCCGAAGAGAGAAGAGCUGCUGUACAUCAACACUCGCAGCUGAGCUGAGAAGGUCAGAGACAAUGGCCUCUAAUCUGCUUUUUUUAUUACUCGGGCCAAAAGCUUUUAAAAACGACACACAGAUAAUACUUCCUACUCCAUAAGUCAACAGCGGAGGUGAAAAUGUAUCUAGGAAACUGAGAAGCAGUGAUUUGAAUCUGUUUUGCAGUACGUAACUUGAGCCAAAAGCUUUAAAUGAUUAACGAGCUGUAGCUGGACAUGAGAACGUUCUGCCUGAAGUCACAACAUGUCAGUCUACUGAAGAGCAGUGGACUUUCAUCUUCCUCACUGCACUUAAAGCUUUGCCAAAAGCUUCAAAUUGUCACCACACAAUCUGCACUUUUUUUUUUUUUUUAAUAAUUUGAAUUUCAUGUUACAUGUAAUACAAGAUGGCCGAUCUGAAGGUCAUUUGGUGGCAGUGAAGAUAAGAGUGUUCGGUUUUAAGACUCUAAAACAUUUGAUUGAUUGCAGUUUUAUAUCACAAGGUCAAAGUCUCUGGUGGUUCCCAUCCAGCUGCACAUAAAAGUCCACAUAAACAUGAAUGUAGUUUCACUUUGUUACUUUGGGACAUAAGACUCCAUUAAAACAUAUUGUUACUGACCUGAAAUGAAUAGUAAUAAUAUAUUGUCACCAGGUGGCGCCUUCUUCUUCUUAUUCUUAGUUUAUACUUGUUCUGGCAGCUUUUAGCACUUUAAAAAGAAACCCUGCGGCUGAAUGUGACGUUUGUUCUUUGUGUAUUUAUUCUAUCUUUAACUCUAUUUCCUCAUGUUGGAGCUGCAGCUCUGCCCUCGCUCUUAACCAAAUGCAUGCAAAUGAACCUGAGCCACAGUUAGUCUGGUGCAGAGGAUUACAGCUGUACAGCUGCAGACUGUAGAGGAUUAGUUCACCCAAACUGGAGAUGUGUAUCAGCUUAACCACUGGAGGUGUCUCUCCGUGCAUAGUUUUGGUUUUAUUUGUUUGGAAUUUAGUUUGCGGUGUUAAAAUCAGAAUGUCUUCCCAUGAUUCAGUUAAGGGAGACUUGGUAGUUUUGCUUACUGUCGGUAGCGGGGACCUUCUGUCUGCAAAGACGUGUUGCAGUUUAUUUUUUCUUUCCGUGCUGCGAGCGCCCACAAAAUACAUUCCAUUGUCCUCCUAUAACUGAAAUGCAUAUCUAAAAACCGGUACGAAUAAAAUCAAAACUAUCUGCAUGAAGAGAAAGUAAGUUUGUUGUAGUUCUGGUGACACUUAAAGAGCACUUAAUCAUAUUUUAAGUGACCAAUCAGAUCACUGUGACAAAUGCUACAUUAAAAAGAAUCAUGACUUUAUUCUUGUGCUCAGCUGAGAAUGAGGAACUGCACAAGCAAAACCUUUCCCCAAAACGCUUGCAACUCAAACGUGCCGUCCCAAAACUUCUUCCAUUAAGCUAUGUAUCAUAAGAGAUUAUAAUGUGAAAUCCAGAGGGAAAAUAUGUUUUUAAUCCCAUGUUUAUCUUCCUGAGUUUGAUCUGUUUCUUCUACAUUGUUUUUAGGCUCUGGCCUGUUUUACUGUGUGUGUAUAUUUAUAGAACUGUUUUAACAAAGCUCCGUGUUGAACUUAAAUAAAUAACUUUUUAAAUUACAGAA